AUGAUUCAGUCUUUCCUAAAGGAUGCAGAUGUAAAAGCUGAGAAGGAAGACACGAGCAAUGUUGUGAAAAUUUGGGUGAAACAGUCAGAGGAGCUAUUAAGGAACAUGAUAAAGCAGUUUUACAAGUCAAGGAAGGAGCUUGUUCCUGUGGAAAUAGACACAAUGAAAGAGACACCGCUAAUGGAGCAAUUGAGGCUAUAUUUACAUGAGCAUAGAUUACCAAUUCUACCAUCAGAAAAAGCUUGGGAGCUCUUUUGCAAGAAGGUGUUUCAAAAUGAAGGGAGAAAUUGUCCUCCUAAGUUAGUUGAGUUGUCACAUGCCAUUGUUGAGAGAUGUGAAGGAUUGCCACUAGCAAUUGUUGCUAUAAGUGGUCUUUUGUCAACCAAAGACAAGGUUUUCUAUGAGUUUCACAAAUUGCAUAAUAGUCUUAGUUCAGAGCUAAAAAAAGAAGUGCAAGGAAUAACAUUGGAAGAGGUUGCACAUGGCUACUUGAACAAACUAAUUCACAGAAUUUUGGUUCAAGUGGAAGAUGUCGAUUUAAAAGAACGCAAGUUCUGUCAGAAUUGCUUGACGACUUUCAAUUCAGAACAAUGUAAAUACUCCUUUGAAGAGUAUUACUAG